GUGUCCUUACUGUUUGAAGUCGAGGACUUAUCAGUGGCCUCACCGGCCACUGUCUCUCGAGCUGGUAUGGUAUACAAUGACGUAGUUGACCUUGGUUGGUGGCCUUAUGUUAACUCCUGGCUGGCCAAGAAGGAGUCCAAACCUUUGCAAAACGUCCUAAGGGAUCUUUUUGAAAACAACUUCCUCCAAAUUCUCCACUUUGUUCUCAACAACUGCAACAAACUCAUUCCAGUUAGUGAAACCAAUCUCAUUAUCAGUCUAUGUCGUCUAUUUGAUGGAAUAUAUGGUGAUGGAAGCGAGUUUGAAAUGCCAGACAUAGAGACCUUCAACAGGUUGAUUGAGAUGCAAUUUCAGUUUUGUGUAAUCUGGUCAGUGGGAUGUGUCGUGGAUGAAGACGGUCGAAAGAAGGUCGAUUCCUUCAUUCGUGAACUUGAUGCCAGCUUCCCUAAUAAGGAUUCGGUCUAUGAAUUCUUCCUUAACCCAAAAUCUCAAACUUGGGUUCAUUGGGAAGAAAAACUUCGUGGUGGAUGGAAAUAUGAUCCUGAGCUACCUUUCUACAAGAUUUUGGUGCCGACAGUUGAUACUGUUCGUUACAACUACCUAGUGAACACCCUUGUUGCAGCCCAAAGUCCUGUUCUAAUCACAGGUCCUGUUGGAACAGGAAAAACAUCGGUGGCCCAAGAUGUACUCUUCAAUCUGGACAAAGAAUACUGGUCUUUUCUCAUAAUUAACAUGUCUGCACAGACAACCUCAAAUAAUGUGCAAGACAUAAUCGAAUCCAGAGUUGAAAAGCGUACCAAAGGAACGUACGUUCCACUUGGAGGUACCAAAAUGGUUACUUUCAUGGAUGAUUUAAACAUGCCUGUGAAGGAUGAAUUUGGUUCACAGCCUCCACUUGAAUUAGUUCGCCAAUAUCUUGAUUAUGGCUUCUGGUAUGAUCGGGAAAAGCAAUUACCGAAGAGAAUACAGCGAAUGUUCAUUUUAGCUGGUAUGGGACCCCCUGGGGGUGGUCGUAUGCCGAUUUCCAAACGGCUCCAAUCAAAGUUUAAUCAAAUCAAUGUUACCUUCCCAACUGAGACCAAUUUGAAGCAGAUAUUCGGUAGCAUGAUCAAUCAGAAGAUGAUUGAUUUUGAUGAGGAGGUUAAAUCACUCGGAGAUGCAAUAACAGAUGCUACGAUCUCUUUGUACACAGCCAUUGUCACCAAAUUUCUUCCAACUCCAGAUCGAAUACAUUACCUAUUCAAUCUUCGUGAUAUUUCAAAGAUAUACCAAGGCCUUCUUAGGGCAAACGCAAUGAAAGUUGACUCAAAGCAUGCUAUGUUACGUUUAUGGGUUCAUGAAAGUUUCCGUGUAUUCGCUGAUCGACUUAUAAACGCCAAGGAUGCAACAAUGUUCAUUGAACUUCUGACUGCGCGGCUGGCUCAAUACUUUGAUCAGACCUUUCACAAUAUUUGCCCCUCAAGAAAUGCGCCGGUAUUUACAGAAGUAUUGAAUAAAGCUGGAAUUUAUGAGGAUAUUGCGGAUGAUGAUAAAUUAAGAAAUGGUCUUUACGAUUUUAUAAAUGAAUAUAACUCAACUCCUGGUGUUAUUCCGAUGGAUCUCGUUCUAUUUAAGGAUGCUAUUGAACACACUUGUAGAAUACUUCGAGUUGUCAGUCAGCCAAGAGGAAACAUGCUCCUGAUUGGUGUCGGUGGUAGUGGUCGAAGUAGUUUAACAAAACUCGCUGCCUAUAUUUGCCAUUUCAGAAUAUUUACAAUUGAAGUGAAUAAGAAUUACAAGAAGGCUGAUUUCCGAGAAGACUUGAAGCGCCUUUAUCGUCAGACCGGUAUAUCACGUCUUUCCACAAUCUUCCUCUUUUCGGAUACCCAAGUUGCUGAAGAGUCCUUUAUGGAAGACAUCAAUAACCUACUGAGUUCUGGAGAGGUACCCAACCUCUUUAAAGCGGACGAGUUCGAAGAAAUCUACAAUUCAAUCAUCGAUCAUGCCAGACGGGAAGGUGUUGAUGAAUCACCCCAAUCGGUCUACAGGUACUUCAUUGAACGAGUUCGAGCCAACUUGCAUAUUGUUCUCUGCAUGAGUCCUAUUGGUGAACCCUUCCGUGAUCGUCUACGAAUGUAUCCGGGCUUUGUAAAUUGUACCACAAUUGACUGGUUCAGUGAAUGGCCGAAUGAUGCACUUCUCGAAGUUGCCACUAAGUACCUAACUGACGUGACCCUCUUUGUUGGAGAAGACGAGCAGCGUAUAAACAAUAAAUUGAAGACGGGUGUGGCCCGAGUCUUUGCGACAAUGCAUGGUUCAGUAACUCAAAUGUCGGAGAGAAUGAUGGAUGAGUUGAGAAGGCGCAACUAUGUUACGCCCACCAACUUCCUUGAACUCGUAUCAGGCUACAAGAGCAUGCUUGAAUCAAAGAGGACUGAGCUCACUAACUGGGCCAACAAAUUAAGGAGCGGUCUGGGCAAGAUUGAUGAUACUCGGAGCAAAGUUGAAGAAAUGUCUGAGGAGCUGGAGGAAGCGAAAGAAAAGGUGGCAGUUUUCCAGAAAGAAUGCGAUAGCUGUCUGGUCGUCCUAGUUGAUCAGAAACGUGAAGCUGACGAACAGACCAAGUCUGUCACCCUCACGAAAGAAAAAAUCAAAGUGGACGAGGCGAAGUGCAUGCAAAUGGCCGAAGUAGCCCAAGCCGAUUUGGCUCAAGCUAUGCCAGCCCUAGAGGCAGCUGUCAAAGCGUUGGAAGGUCUUAAUAAGAAGGAUAUCACUGAAAUAAAGUCCUACGGCCAGCCACCCUUAUUAGUUCGAAAGGUCAUGGAAGCUGUGAUGAUUCUGCGUCAGGCUCCACCUACAUGGACAGAAUCAAAGAAGCACUUGGCAGAACAGGACUUUAUUGGUCAGCUUAUCAACUUUGACAAGGAUCACAUAAGUGAUAAGACUUUAAAAAAGAUUGGUACCUAUGUUGUGCAGGACGAUUUUACGCCUGAAACGGUUGGAAAGGUGUCCUUUGCUGCUAAAUCACUCUGUAUGUGGGUUAGAGCGAUUGAGGUGUAUGGACGAGUUUAUCGUAUCGUCGAGCCAAAACGUCAACGUUUACAACAAGCUGAAGCCAUUUUAGCCGAAAAGAGGGCUCAAUUGGCGGCUGCUGAAGCAAAAUUAGAAGCUCUCAUGGCUGAAAUGAACCGCUUACAAAAUGAAUACAAUGAAAAGAUGGAACAAAAAGAGGAACUAAGAAAGAAAGCGGAAAAUCUGGAAAAAAUGCUUGGGAGAGCGAGAAUGUUAGUCGAUGAUUUAGCUGAUGAAAAAGUACGUUGGACUGAGACAUUAGCAGACCUUGAACGCAAAAUCGGUCUUCUUACUGGCGAUUGCCUUCUUUCUUCUGGAUUCAUCUCCUACAUGGGCCCAUUCCUUUUGAAAUAUCGAAAUGAAUUGGUUUCCAAAUGGAUUAAAGCUGUUGAUGCGGAGCAAAUUCCCAAAUCGGAUCCUUAUUCGUUCACAGAAUUUUUAUCGGAUCCGGCUAAAGUGAGUUCAGCUCAAAGAUCGUUUAUGUUGGGUAAAAUUUUAUUGAUUACUGACUAUUCCCUAUGCAAGGUUCGAGAAUGGAAUAUCCAGGGCCUUCCCCGUGAUUCGUUUUCGAUCGAUAAUGGGGUUAUCGUCUCUAAGACCACCCGAUGGCCGCUCAUGAUUGACCCUCAGUGUCAAGCAAUGAAUUGGAUCAAGUCAAUGGAGGGUGAAAAUCUGAGGGUUAUUGAUCUUCAGAUGAAGAACUACAUGCAGAUCCUUGCCCAGGCCAUUCAAAAUGGCUGGCCAGUGCUACUUCAGAACAUUUUGAAAACUCUCGAUCCCGGUUUAGAUCCUGUUCUGAAUAAGUCACUUAUCAAAUCAGGUGGUGCAGAGCUUAUGAGAUUGGGAGAUAAGGAGGUUGAGUAUAACCACGAUUUCAGAUUUUACAUAACAACAAAGUUGUCAAAUCCAUGUUACCCACCGGAGAUUUGCACAAAGACAACAGUGGUGAAUUUCGCGGUGAUGCAAGAGGGCUUAGAAGCUCAGUUACUGGGUAUUGUUGUACGCAAGGAAAAGCCCGAAUUGGAGGAACAGAAAGACAGUCUAGUUAUGGGUAUUGCGAAUGGAAAGAAGAAACUAAAAGAACUUGAAGAUGAGCUUCUUCUACUCCUGAAUGAGACGAAGGGUUCAUUGCUUGAAGAUGAGAAUCUGUUUGCGACUUUGCAAACAUCUAAAUCCACUUCAGCUGAUGUAACGGAAUUUUUGUCUAUAUCUGAAAGAACUGAAAUGCAGAUUGAUCAGGCUCGUAACGGUUAUCGUCCAUGCGCACGACGAGCCGCUCUUCUCUUCUUUGUUUUGAAUGAUCUUGGUUCCAUUGAUCCUAUGUAUCAAUUCGCUCUGGAUACAUAUAUCGACUUGUUCACGCUGAGCAUAGAGAAGAGCCAGCGUUCACAACGAUUUGCUGAAAGGAUCGAGCAUUUGAAUAGCUACCACACUUAUGCUGUAUAUCGUUACACAUGUCGUGGUUUGUUUGAACGCCACAAACUACUCUUCUCCUUCCAAAUCUGUAUGAAAGUCCUGGAAGAGUUGGGUAAAAUCAACAUGGAAGAAUACUUGUUCUUCCUUCGUGGAGGAAUUGUUCUAGACCGUGCUCAUCAGAUGGAUAACCCAGUUCAAAAUUGGUUAUCUAGUCUCUCUUGGGACAAUAUUACUGAGUUAAGUAAACUAUCCAAUUAUCGUGGAAUUGUCAAUUCAUUUGAACAGUACCCUAGAGAUUGGCAUAUUUGGUAUUCGUCAAAUGAACCAGAAACCUCCAAAUUACCCGGUGAAUGGGAGAAUAGGGCAACGGAAUUUCAACGAAUGCUUAUUGUGCGCUCAUUGAGGCCUGAUCGUGUAACAUUCUGUGCUACUGAAUUCAUAACGAAUAAUAUGGGAAGACAGUUUGUUGAGCCUCCAGUACUGGACAUGAGAAGUGUGGUUGAAGACAGCUCUUGCAGAAGUCCUCUAAUAUUUGUACUGUCCCCGGGCGUUGAUCCAACGGCAGGUCUUCUGCAAAUGGCUGAGGCAUUGGGAAUGGGUAAACGCUUCACAGCUCUUUCUCUAGGUCAAGGUCAAGCCCCAAUAGCCACGAGGUUGAUCGAAGAGGGUAUGAAAGAUGGAAAGUGGGUCUUCUUGGCUAAUUGUCACCUAUCCUUGUCGUGGAUGCCCGAACUUGAUAAAUUGGUGGAACAAAUGGGAAAUGACCAAACUCACAAUGAAUUCCGAUUGUGGCUUUCGUCUAACCCUAGCCCACAAUUCCCUAUUUCUAUCCUUCAAGCCGGCAUAAAAAUGACUACUGAACCGCCUAAGGGUAUUCGAGCUAAUAUGAAGCGCCUUUAUAAUAUAAUUAGCGAAGACCAGUUUUCUGCCUGCUCAAGGCCUGAGAAAUACAAGAAAUUGCUCUUUUCUCUUUGUUUCUUCCACUCGACCCUACUAGAGCGUCGUAAAUUUGGUAUGUUGGGGUGGAAUGUCAUCUAUCAAUUCAAUGACGCCGAUUUUGAAGUGUCCGAAAAUAUAUUGACUACAUAUUUGGAUCAAUAUGAUGAUACUCCAUGGGAAGCUUUGCGAUACCUGAUUGCGGGGAUUAAUUAUGGUGGCCAUGUGACAGAUGACUGGGAUAGACGUCUACUUCUCACUUAUAUAGAUGGUUACUUCAGUGAAAAUGUGCUAUCUGAGGCUUUCUACAAACUCUCAACGUUGUCACAUUACUAUAUUCCACGCGACGGUAAUCUGAGUUCCUACAGAGACUUCGUCUCUACACUGCCUAUUAUCGAUCAUCCUGAAGCUUUUGGGCAACACUUAAACGCAGAUAUUUCUUCCCAAAUACAGGAGACAAAAGUUCUCUUUGAUGGUUUAUUGUCUUUACAACCCAAAAUUUCAUCUGCCGGCGAGGAGUCAAAGGAGUCAAAAGUGUUAGGCCUUCUUCAGAAUAUGAAGGAGCAAGUUCCAAGUGAUCUCGAUUAUGAUGCCACUGCUAAGAUUUUCAGCAAUGAUAAUUCUCCACUGAAAGUUGUACUAUUACAAGAGAUACAAAGAUACAAUGAUCUUCUUAGCCUGAUUAGGACACAUUUAAUUGACCUUCAAAAGGCAAUUCAAGGUCUAGUUGUUAUGUCAGCUGAGUUGGAGGAGAUCUUUGCGGCUAUUUACGAGAAUCGUGUUCCAAUUCAGUGGCAAUUCGCUUAUAAUUCCCUCCGCCCACUGAGUUCUUGGGUCCAAGAUUUGGCGGAAAGAAUCAAAUUGUUCUUUCAGUGGUCGCAGUCUGCAAGACCGCCGAAAAGCUUCUGGAUUGGGGCGUUUACAUUCCCUACUGGCUUUCUGACUGCUGUUAUGCAGAUAUCAGCUCGUACUCAUGGUGUAGGCAUUGAUACGCUAAGUUGGGAUUUCAAUGUGCUCAAUUACUCAGAGCAUAACAUUACUAAUACUCCGAAAGAAGGGGUAUACGUUAGCGGUCUCUACCUAGAAGGCGCUGGGUGGGAUAUCAGGAGUCAGUGUUUAAUAGAAGCUACGCCUAUGAUGUUGGUCUGCGGCAUGCCGGUUAUUCAUUUCAGACCUAUUGAGAAUAAGAAGAAGAUUCCUAGAUGUAAGUCCCAUCGACGUUAUUUCUACGGUAGUUCGAAAGCAGACCGCAAUAUAACCAACUUGAUUUGUGUUUUAGCUGUCUACGUCUGCCCUUGCUAUUACUACCAAAAUCGAGCUGGGGCAUUAGGAAAACAAUCGUUUAUGAUCGGUGUUGAAUUGAAAACUGGCGAUGCACAGCCUGAUCAUUGGGUCAAGCGUGGCACUGCUUUACUUAUGAACCUGGAUAACUAA